AUGGAGCAGCUGCAGCAGCGUUGUGAGCAGCAGGCUCUGCAGCUGCAGACUCUUCAGGCUCAGCUGCAGAAGGCCUCUCUGUGUCUGGAUGCGUUCACCAUCACCACACAGCACUUCUGCCGCCAGAGUGAGAGUGCCGUAGUAAAGGAGAAGGAGCUGGCUCUGGAGCUGGACAGACUCAGGGAUGAAGUGGCUUUCAGCGUGGCCCACUGGGAGCAGCUGCAGCAGGAGAAGGAGGACGUGGAGCGGAGCUUUGAGGCUGAGCUGGAGGAUCUGCGGCUGCAGCAGCAGAGAGAGCUCAGGGCUUUGGAGGACAGGCUGAACCUGACACACUCGCAGGAAACACAGAGGCUCCAACAGGAGCAGACACAGGAGCUCCAGGAGCUGCAGCACAGGCAGCAGCAGCAGAUUGAGGAAAUGAGUGAAAGUCAUGAAUCGUCCCUGAUGGAGAUGGAGACAGCCCACAGUGACACAGUGGCCACCUUACAGGAGGAGCACACCAGGACUGUCAAGAAUUUGAAGAUGGCCCAUGAGCAGCAGAGAAAGUCUUUGGAGGAAGAGUUUGAGAAGAUCAGGUUGUCCCUGCAGGACCAGGUGGACACGCUAACAUUUCAGAACCACAGUCUUAGAGACCGAGCCAAGCGCUUUGAAGAAGCUCUGCGCAGAAGUACAGAUGAACAGAUAGUGGAUGCCUUGGCUCCAUAUAAACACAUAGAGGAGGACCUGAAGAGUCUGAAGGACAUUCUGGAGAUGAAAAACCAACAGAUUCAUCAACAGGAGCAGAAGAUCACAGAGCUGGAAAAACUACAGGCUGAAAAGAACGUGUUUCUGGAGGAGAGACUGCAGGUUCUGCAGCAGCAGAACGAGGACCUGAAAGAACGCAUCGAUAAGAACCUCGCCGUCUCCAGACAACUUUCAGCAGAGAAUGCCAACCUGCAUGUGCACGUGGAGCAGGAGAACAAAGAGAAGAAGCGUCUGAGUCGUACAAAUGAGGAGCUGUUGUGGAGGCUGCAGACAGGGGAGCUGAGUCCCAGCAUGUCCCCCACCUCCUCCCCCCUGCACCGGGCCUCGCCUGCCCCAGGGUCCCCCGCCCGCCCACACUCAUACCACCAGUGA